UCCUAUGAUACUGAAUAAGAGUUUGAGAUAUAUUAGUAUAUAUAGAACAUCCUUCAAGUUAUUUGGAAAAAAAAACUUGCUAUCCAAUCAGAUAAUUAACUUAGGGAAUUUUCAAAGCAAAUUUGUUCAUCAAUCUGGGUUUUUCAACCGGAUUCACCAACACUAUGGCUGAUGUUCAAAGGAUUUACUCUGCUAACCGUUUCGAUUAUGUGCUUCUGGAUGAGAUAGGCAAUGGCGGCAGCGCUACGGUAUAUAGAGCCUUCUACCUUCCUCUAAACGCCGUGGUGGCCGUCAAGUGCUUGGAUCUGGAUCGCUGCAACAAUGGUAGCCUGGAAAACAUACGCCUUGAAACUCAGACGAUGAGUUGCGUUGAUCACCCCAAUCUCGUCAGAGCGUAUUCGUCAUUCGUUGUAGAUCGUAACUUGUGGGUGGUGAUGCCGUUUAUGUCGGUGGGUUCUUGCUUACACGCCAUGAAGAAAGCUCAUCCCAAUGGGUUAGAAGAGAUCGAGAUUUGUUUUAUCCUGAAAGAAACCCUCAAGGCUUUGGAUUAUCUCCACCGACAAGGACAUAUCCAUCGGGAUGUCAAAGCCGGCAACAUAUUGGUCGAUAGCAAUGGCGCCGUUAAACUUUCUGAUUUUGGGGUUUCGGCUUGCAUGUUCGAUUCAGGAGAUAGGCAACGCUGCAGAAAUACUUUUACGGGGACGCCUUGUUGGAUGGCACCCGAAGUUAUGCAAGCAGAAACUGGGUAUGAUUCUAAAGCUGAUAUAUGGUCGUUUGGGAUAACAGCGUUGGAACUCGCCCACGGUCAUCCACCAUUGUCCGAAUAUCCGCCGUUGAAGGUGCUUCUCAUGACGGUACAGAAUGCUCCUCCAAGACUUGGUGAUAAGAAAUUCUCCAAGUCCUUUAAAGACAUGGUGGCCAUGUGCCUGGUGAAAGAUCCCAAGAAGAGGCCUACUGCAGGGAAAUUGUUGAAGCACUCAUUUUUCAAGCAUGCCAAACCUCCUGAGCUUUCUCUGAAGAAGUUAUUAGCUGAUUUCCGGCCGCCGCUAAAUCCUGUGAAAGUCCUUCAGAUUCAGAACAGUGAAUCUGCACAACAACUAUCUUCGAAGAAUAUGGCAUCUGCAGCAGAAUAUGAAGCAAGAUCAAUGAGAGAGUACCAAAAGGGAAUUAGUGCCUGGACUUUUGAUAUUCAAGAGUUGAAAGCACAAGCGUCAACUCUGCUGCUUGAUGAUGAUAAUGAUGAAACCUUGGAAUCAAGACUUGUUGAUAACUACAGGGAUGGAUUGACAGUAAUGGGGCAAUGCAACCAAUUGUUCCCGCUGAAAUGCCAAACUCUUACGAAGUCAGCACAGUUUUAACUAUUACAUUCUGUUUAUUGGUAUCGUAUCAAUGUUAACUUUUUGACAGAUUUUUACACAUUCUUAUAUCAUGUCAUGUUGUGUCAAA